AUGAAAGCUCAUAUUAUUAUUUCUUUGAAAUAUAAAGUAUAUUAUGUCAAGAGUAACAUUGACAAAAAAAGGUUACAUACUUUUGCUCUCUUUCAUCGAAAUAUAUGUACAAAGCAACAAACAAUUGAUGCCUUGAAGAAAUCGCGUAAAAUCAGUGAAUUUAUCGUGAAAAAAAACACUGGUAGAGUCUUUAUAGCAAGUAUAGACGAGCUUAUUAAAAAUAUUUUAGAAGUAAUCAAAAAGGAAGUUAACGUAAAGUUGGAGCAGAUGGCUGCCGUGAAGGAGCUUGAAAAAAACCUUAAAGCCAAUAAAUACAUACACAAGGUUGACAAUGUAUUGUCAGAUCUUGAGUCAAAGGAAAGAACGCUUGGCUUCUUCGAGAGUCUAGGCAUAUAUAGCUUCAAAGAAGAAAUCAGAAUGUGCAAAAGGUUGUUCUAUAUAUGCUAUAAAAAUCUAUGA